CCCUGGGAUGGGGGUUUGGCCCAACUCUAAAGUGCAAUGUGUGUUUGUAAGUUUGUGCACAAGCCAGGGAGAGGCAAAGCGCCCCGUUUGCAUCCAAGUCUCAGUGUGUCCACCGCGCCUUCGCGCCGCUCGCCCGUGGUUUGUGUAACUCGCGUGUGUGUGCGCGCGCGCGCGAGGGGGUGUGCUCGCUCGCAUCCGUGCCCGCGGCGCAACGCGGGCUUGAAAGCGGGCCGUGGGCGCUGUCAGGCUCGGGGCGGGGGUGCCGGGGCGAGCGUGGGGCGGGAGCCCGAGCUCGGCCCGCCCCGGGAGCCGGCCCUUCGGAGCCUCGGGCCCUGCAAUGGGACGUGUUCUCCUUUAAGAGUUAAGAAACUUGAAACCUUGUUUGCGCAACAAUCAGCGCCGCGGAGCCGCCAAAGUGUCUAGACUGGCAUAUGAUGGGAGGCAGCCAAUGACUCCGCGGCGCUCCUCCGGGGGCCCUCAGUGUGCGUUUGAGGAGAACAAAAAAGAGAGAGAGCCGAGCGGGGGAGCGAGCGAGGGAGCCGAGCCGAGAGAAAGAGCCGCCGGGCGCUGCCUCGCCAGACCUCGCAGGGACCGCGGGGCCACCGGGAGGCACUUUUUGUGGAGGGGGGAGGGGGAAGACCUCUGCAGCCGCGGCGCCCCGGGCGUCCGAGCGCAGCGUGGGGCGGGCUGCGACCUCUGCCUCGGUGGAUUGCAUUUUUAAUUAAGGAUUCCCAACAGUUCUUUGGGAUUUUUACAGUUUCCACUCAUGUAUUGACACCCGCGUUCAGGAGAAACUCGCUCCAAGUGCAUCUAGCGCCUGGGACCUGAGACGGAGUUGGCUUUCCGUGCAUGCAAUUCCAGGAUUUUGGUUUUGUUUGGGCUUUCUUUUUUUUUCUUUCCUCCCCCCCCCCCUUCUUUUGCAGGGAGUAAGAAGGAAGCUGAAGGUAUCAACAAGCCGGCCUUUCGGAUCCUGCAGGAAAAGCCCAUGUAGUUAAGCGUUUGGGUUUUAAAGGCAGGGCUGCCCGGACACAUCUGGGGGGUUCGGCGGGAGCGCUUUGUGCUCAUGGACCAGUCGCGCAACUUUUGAAGGCUCGCCGGCCCAUGCGGGGUCUUUCUGGCGGAGGGCAGCCUGCAGUCCCCCUCCAGCGCCGGGGCUGGAGUUGCUGAGUAGCCCGGCCGCCGGGGUCCAUGUAGCCGCUGGCCCGGCGCGGACUGCGGCUCGGCGCGCGCGUGUUCCCCGCCGUCCCGGCCCGGCGAGCUCCCUCAUGUUGCAGCCCUGCGGCGCCCCUUCGACGACAGGCUGUGCGCGACCUGCACGGCGCCCGGCGGCGGAGCUUCAUGUGGGGCUGCGGCCCGCGCAGCCGGCGCCUCGCUGACGGAACGGACCCCCGGUAACCGGAGACUGCCUCCCCCCCACCCCCGGCGCCAAAGGAUAUCGUAUGUUCAGGUCCAAACGCUCGGGGCUGGUGCGGCGACUUUGGCGAAGUCGUGUGGUCCCCGACCGGGAGGAAGGAGGCGGCGGCGGCGGCGGCGGCGGCGGCGGCGACGAGGAUGGGAGCUUGGGCAGCCGAGCUGAGCCGGCCCCGCGGGCACGAGAAGGCGGAGGCUGCGGCCGCUCCGAAGUCCGCCCGGUAGCCCCGCGGCGGCCCCGGGACGCGGUGGGACAGCGAGGCGCCCAGGGCGCGGGGAGGCGCCGGCGCGCAGGGGGCCCCCCGAGGCCCAUGUCGGAGCUGGGGGCCGGCGCUGGGGGCUCCCCGCUGGACGUGGCGGAGCCGGGAGGUCCGGGCUGGCUGCCCGAAAGUGACUGCGAGACUGUGACUUGCUGUCUCUUCUCGGAGCGGGACGCCGCGGGCGCGCCGCGGGACGCCGGCGACCCCCUGGCCGGGGCGGCCCUGGAGGCGGCGGGCGGCGGGCGGAGUCGCGAAGCCCGCUCGCGGCUGCUGCUGCUCGAGCAGGAACUCAAGACGGUCACGUACUCGCUGCUGAAGCGGCUCAAGGAGCGUUCGCUGGACACGCUGCUGGAGGCGGUGGAGUCCCGCGGCGGCGUGCCGGGCGGCUGCGUGCUGGUGCCGCGCGCCGACCUCCGCCUGGGCGGCCAGCCUGCGCCGCCGCAGCUGCUGCUCGGCCGCCUCUUCCGCUGGCCCGACCUGCAGCACGCCGUGGAGCUGAAGCCCCUGUGCGGCUGCCACAGCUUCGCCGCCGCCGCCGACGGCCCCACCGUGUGCUGCAACCCCUACCACUUCAGCCGGCUCUGCGGGCCAGAAUCACCACCGCCCCCCUAUUCUCGGCUGUCUCCUCACGACGAGUACAAGCCACUGGAUCUAUCUGAUUCCACAUUGUCUUACACUGAAACGGAGGCCACCAACUCCCUCAUCACCGCCCCGGGUGAAUUCUCAGACGCCAGCAUGUCUCCGGAUGCCACUAAGCCCAGCCACUGGUGUAGCGUGGCCUACUGGGAGCACCGGACGCGUGUGGGCCGCCUCUACGCGGUGUACGACCAGGCCGUGAGCAUCUUCUACGACCUACCUCAGGGCAGCGGCUUCUGCCUGGGCCAGCUCAACCUGGAGCAGCGCAGCGAGUCGGUGCGGCGCACGCGCAGCAAGAUCGGCUUCGGCAUCCUGCUCAGCAAGGAGCCCGACGGCGUGUGGGCCUACAACCGCGGCGAGCACCCCAUCUUCGUCAACUCCCCCACGCUCGACGCGCCCGGCGGCCGCGCCCUCGUGGUGCGCAAGGUGCCGCCCGGCUACUCCAUCAAGGUGUUCGACUUCGAGCGCUCGGGCCUGCUCCAGCAGGGGCCCGAGCCCGACGCCGCCGACGGCCCCUACGACCCCAACAGCGUCCGCAUCAGCUUCGCCAAGGGCUGGGGGCCCUGCUACUCGCGGCAGUUCAUCACCUCCUGCCCCUGCUGGCUGGAGGUCCUCCUCAACAACCACAGAUAGCGGCGGCCGCCUGCCCCGCCGCCCAGAGACACAACCCGCCCCCCCUACAGCCGACCACGGACGAGACCCCCCCCCCAUAUCAUCUACCUAGAUUUAAUAUAAAGUUUUAUAUAUUAUAUGGAAAUAUAUAUUAUACUUGUAAUUAUGGAGUCAUUUUUACAAUGUAAUUAUUUAUGUAUGGUGCAAUGUGUGUAUAUGGACAAAACAAGAAAGACGCACUUUGGCUUAUAAUUCUUUCAAUACAAAUAUAUUUUCUUUCUUUCCUCCUUCCUCCUCUUCUUUAUUAUUUUAUUUUAUUUUAUUUUUUAAGAAAAUGAUACAGCAGAGCUAGGUGGAGAAGCCUGGGUUUGGCAUAUGGUUUUUGAAAUAUUAAUGCCCAGACAAAAAGCUAAUACCAGUCACUCGUUGAUAAUAAAGUAUUCACAUUAUAGUUUUUUUUUUUUUUUUUUUUUUUUUUUUUUAUUU